GGCACCCGCAUGGCCCCACAAUAUGCCAAUAUCUUCAUGGCCAACCUGGAACAACACUUCCUCAGCUCUCGUCCACUCACACCCCUUCUCUACCUACGCUACAUUGAUGACAUCUUCAUCAUCUGGACCCAUGGGAAGGAGACUCUGGAAAAAUUCCACCGUGAUUUCAACAGCUUCCACCCCACCAUCAACCUCAGCCUGGACCAAUCUACACGGGAGGUCCACUUUCUUGACACCACGGUGCAAAUAAGUGAUGGUCACAUUAACACCACCCUAUAUCGAAAACCCACCGACCGCUAUGCCUACCUUCAUGCCUCCAGCUUCCAUCCCGGGCACAUCACACGAUCCAUUGUCUACAGCCAAGCACUGAGGUACAACCGCAUCUGCUCUGACCCCUCAGACAGAGACCAACACCUACAAAAUCUCCACCAAGCAUUCUCAAAACUACAAUACCCACAUGAGGAAAUAAGGAAACAGAUCAACAGAGCCAGACGUGUACCCAGAAGCCUCCUACUGCAAGACAAACCCAAGAGAGAAACCAACAGGACUCCACUGGCCAUCACAUACAGCCCCCAGCUAAAACCCCUCCAACGCAUCAUCAAGGAUCUACAACCCAUCCUGGACAAUGAUCCCACACUUUCACAAGCCUUGGGUGGCAGGCCAAUCCUUGCCCACAGACAACCUGCCAACCUGAAACAUAUUCUCACCAGUAACUGCACACCACACCAUAAUAACUCUAGCUCAGGAACCAAUCCAUGCAACAAACCUCGGUGCCAACUCUGCCCACAUAUCUACACCAGCGACACCAUCACAGGACCUAACCAGAUCAGCCACACCAUCACUGGUUCAUUCACCUGCACAUCCACCCAUGUAAUAUACGCCAUCAUAUGCCAGCAAUGCCCCUCUGCUAUGUACAUCGGCCAAACUGGACAGUCUCUACGGAAAAGGAUAAAUGGACACAAAUCAGACAUUAGGAAUGGCAAUAUACAAAAACCUGUAGGAGAGCACUUCAACCUCCCUGGCCACACUAUAGCAGACCUUAAGGUGGCCAUCCUGCAGCAAAAAAACUUCAGGACCAGACUUCAAAGAGAAACUGCUGAGCUUCAGUUCAUCUGCAAAUUUGACACCAUCAGCUCAGGAUUGAACAAAGACUGUGAAUGGCUUGCCAAUUACAGAACCAGUUUCUCCUCUCUUGGUUUUCACACCUCAACUGCUAGAACAGGGCCUCAUCCUCCCUGAUUGAACUGACCUCGUUAUCUCUAGCUUGCUUGCUAGCACACAUAUAUAUACCUGCCCCUGGAUAUUUCCAUUACAUGCAUCUGAGGAAGUGGGUAUUCACCCACGAAAGCUCAUGCUCCAAAACGUCUGUUAGUCUAUAAGGUGCCACAGGAUUUUUUGCUGCUUUUGCAGAUCCAGACUAGCACGGCUACCUCUCUGAUACU